CAAUUGACAAUGAAGAUUAACCGAAAAAGUGGGCCAAAAAACAAAGGAUACCUUUCUACUUUCUAGUUUCUAGUUUUCCAGUUCCACCCAGAAGAUCUACAGGAGAGAGAGAAAGAGAAAGUGUGACUGGUGUGAGUGGAAUGGAAACUCUUGGAAAAACUUGGUUAUCUGUAAUACCCACAAUUCCUUCACUUGAAAAUGGCAUCAAAACCAAGAAAUUGGUUACAAAUCUCAGUUUUCCUGCUUCUGUAAAAACUGGGAUUCGAUGCACAUUAUCCGGGGAUGGGAUCGAAGAGAAACCCUCAAGUAAUUCCACAAUCACAAUUCCCAAGAAAAGUAAGAUGGAGGAGUAUAAUGCUGCUAUGAAGAAUAUGAUGAAGAACCCAUAUGAGUAUCACCAUGAACUUGGAAUGAACUACACUUUGAUACAUGAUAACUUGAUUGUGGGCUCACAGCCUCAAAAGCCUGAAGAUAUCGAUCAUUUGAAGUUGAAUGAAAACGUUGCAUACAUCCUGAACUUGCAGCAGGACAAGGACAUCGAGUAUUGGGGGAUUGACUUUGACUCCAUAUUGAAGCGAUGUCAACAGAUUGGGAUAUGUCACAUUAGAAAGCCUGCUAAAGAUUUUGAUCCAAAUUCUUUGAGAGGUAUGUUGCCUAAAGCUGUAUCAUCAUUGGACUGGGCAAUUUCAGAAGGGAAAGGAAGAGUAUAUGUUCAUUGUACUGCUGGACUUGGGAGAGCCCCUGCUGUUGCAAUCACUUAUAUGUUCUGGUUUUGUGGCAUGAAUCUGAACAAGGCAUAUGCUGAACUUACUUCAAAAAGACCUUGCGGCCCCAACAAAUUAGCAAUACGUGGAGCUACUUAUGAUCUUGCUAAAAAUGACCCUUGGAAGGAACCAUUCGAGAGUCUCUCAGAGCAUGCUUUUGAGGAUAUAGCAGAUUGGGAAAGGAAGCUGAUUCAGGAACGAGUGCGUGCCCUUCGUAGAACAUAAUGCAGUCACACGGAAAGGCAAAAGCACGUAACCAGGAGAGCGUACUGGAAAGUCGGAAAGAUAUAGUAAAAUCAUCAUAAACGCUCCUCGUUGAUCUUGCCAUGUCAGGUCAAAUAAGUGGAACCUAUCUAUGUAUCUUGUUAUUCAUAGCUUAGCAUAUACGAAGUACCUUGAUAGAAGGUGAAAUAAAAAGGAAGAGUGAUAUUAACCCUAACUUAAAUGUGAUGUAUAAAACUUUUCAUGGCAAUCAAAUUACUAUAAUUUGUUUGUGUUAAUGUAUAAAUGUUAUGGUGAGUGUUUAUGAAGGGAGAUGUCUGGUA